UAUGUAAAUGAGCGGGCGUGAGGUCAGAGGCAGAUGGAAAAGGGAACAGAAGGAAUGGCCGCCGCGGCUCCCGCUCCUGCUGCCGCCGCCUCCCAGUGCCGGAGCCCCCGCUGCACGGCGGAGCGAAGGGGAGUCCGCCGAGAACUCGACUCCUGGCGGCACCGGCUCAUGCACUGUGUGGGUUUUGAAAGUAUUUUAGAAGGGCUUUAUGGACCAAGGCUACGAAGAGACCUCAGUUUAUUUGAAGACUGUGAGCCAGAAGAGCUAACUGACUGGUCUAUGGAUGAGAAAUGUUCCUUUUGUAAUUUACACAAAGAAACAGCCAGUGAUCGUGCAUCAGUUUUCGGUUCUUCACAGUCAACGCCUACAGAGGAACUGUCAUCUCAGGGCCAGUCCAACACUGAUAAGAUUGAAUGCCAAGCAGAAAACUAUCUAAAUGCACUCUUUCGAAAGAAAGAUCUUCCUCAGAACUGUGAUCCUAACAUUCCCCUAGUUGCUCAGGAAUUAAUGAAAAAAAUGAUCCGUCAGUUUGCAAUUGAGUACAUUUCAAAAAGUAGCAAAAUUCAAGAGAACAGAAAUGGUUCAUCAUUUGAAUCAAGUCUGAUGUGUAAAAGUAUCCAAAUGAACCAAACUGAAAACUCCCUUCAGGAAGAACAGGAUAGCCCUCUAGACCUCACUGUGAAUCGAACUCAAGAACAGAAUACUCAGCAAGGGGAUGGAGUGCUAGAUCUCUCUACAAAGAAAAGCGCAAGGUUGGAAGAACCAAAAUAUGAUCCCUUGUGUUCUGAAAACUCAGUGUCUGGUUCAAGCUCAACAGCUGAUGCAAAUUCAGAGGAAACAGCUAAUUUGGAAAAAGGAAAAUCAACAUUAAACAAAGUUUUGGAGUCUUUUUGUUCAUAUCACUGGCAACAGACUUUGGCUAUGUUAAAAUUCCUAUUACAGGAUGAAAAUGUUCCUAUAGUUUGCAGUUGCAAGCAAACACAUUUGGUCCACUCUGAAACUCCCAGUUCCCUUACUGAAGAGGAUGUUCACGUUCCAUUUUGCAGUUGCAAUGGACACAUGCUGACAAAAAGGUGCUGUUUACAAAAUCAAAGGCCAAACACUUGUUUACCACCUCUGUCUGUUUGUAUUAAAGAUUUCCAUUCUUUGUCAUGCCAAGCUGUAGCAAUUGGAUGUAUUAAGACAAUGGUGAACAAAGCAUGUAGUUCUCCUAAGUAUUGUGCUGACCAGUUGCAAAAUUAUAACAGGCAUUCUGUGAAAGCAGCAACAUGUACAUAUUCAGCUAAGGACUGUGACCUCUUAAGCAGCAUUAAGUAUUCAAACAGAUCCCGCAGUCCAUCACCACCUCCACUGUCACCUGUACACAGUAAGGAAUUUGAAUUGUCAGAAGGAAUGGUUAUGGACUUUCCAACUUUGGACAACAACAAGCUUGAAAUAUCCAUCAACCAGCCUCCAUCCCUCUUGCCAGCUGAAGGAAGCAAAGGAGAGUUUGAAUAUGAGGGUAAAACAUGCAAAGGAAAAGAGAUUGAUUAUUCUGAUGGAGCACUGGGAUCAGCAGACCAAGAAAGCAAUGAUGGUUAUAUGAACUCUGAGAAAGGUGAACAUUCUGCUAUUUUUCAAGAUUUAAUGGACCGCAUUAAUGAGAAGUUGAAAUCAAUAGACACUACAGAUCUAGCAACAAAUCUUGUAAAACUUUCUAGCAGUGACAGGGCACCAGAAAAUGAUGUCAAAUUAGGAGACUUCAUAACUUCUCUUUUGCAUAAUGCUAAGGCAAGUGAUUACAGCUUUAUGGAAUUACUUCACCAACAUGAUAAACAAGUGGAAAAUAAAAUUAUUCAGACAAGAUUUCGCAAGCGUCAGGAAACUUUAUUUGCAACAUAUAAUUCUCCUGAUUCACCAGUCAUUCGACGACAGUCUUUGCAAAUCAAGAGGGAGCUUGCAAGCCUUGAUGAAACUCUUGUAAGAAAAAAGUCAAUUUCUGAGAGAAAUGCAAAGAAAUCUACAAAAAAAAUUGAUAAAAUGCAUCCAAAUAAAAGACAUAGUUUUACUGUGAUAGAAGAUGAGACUUUGCAACAUCUUGAAAGUAAUCCAUGUGUGAAUUGUCAAACCAAACCAAUGUGCUUUCCAGUACACCAAACAGAGUCUUUCGAUCUACCUCUUACUAAAUUUCAGACGAGCUCCAGCUUUUUAGUUCUUUCAGAAAACAGUGCUAUUGCAGCCAGCCAGGCAAAACUCCCAAAUACACAAGGAGAUUGUGCAACCUUAAAAGAGACUGGUCAGAUUCCUCUGAAGGAUGAGAGUAAUGAAAUCUUGGGUAGAACUAAACGUAACAUUGUGCCUCCUGGAUGGUACUCUGUGUAUGUAACAAACAAUAUCAUGUUUAGAAAGUCAUCCAGUACAAAAAAGUCCUUGAAAAGUUUGGAAAAAAUGAGAAUAAAUAAAAAUCUUCAUGCUGAAAGAUGCAGUGACAUAAAUAUAAGCAAAAUUAUGAGAGACACAAAUCUGCAAGUUGUUGUGGAGCGUUUAGAAGAUACAAUAAACUUAUCCAGAAAGACUAGCAACUCAUUGUUGGAUAGUUACAAAAUAAGCCAAAAAUUAAAAGAUAAUGCUUAUGAACAGGUUGUGAACCCAGCUACUAGAAGGGGCUUACCUUUCACUCUGAGCAAAAUGGGAUGCACAGGACAAAGCUUCCUUCCACAUUCACAUAUGCCAAGCAGCAGUAAAAUCAAAGCAAUUUGUGUUGCAUCAAACACACAAGAAACUGUUAUAGAUCAAGAAAUUAAUGAUGGCCUUUUGAAAUCUCUGACCUUUAAUUCAAGCAGUUCAGCUUCCAGUAAUGGGGACUUGCAUGUAACUUCUGAAGCCAGGGAGAUCUCAUCUCCCUUAAACUACUCUAGUCCUAUUAAGCUUAUGUUUGUCUCAGAAGUUAACAGUCAUGAAGGAGUCAAAUACACUUUGACAUCUGCAGCUUCAUCUUCUAAGGGAAGCACAGAUCUUUGUUUGUUUCAGGGGCACACAAAUGCUUUGUUAGAUAAACGUUGUGAUUGCAGUGAAAAUGAUACUAAGGAGAGGUCAAGCUGUAUUUAUGCGGAAGCAGUUACAAGCUCUUGUCCAGUUGGUCAGAUUAACAUAAAUGAUUCAAAAAAAAAUGAUGAAGUUGUGGAGAAAUCAAGUAGUAGCAAUGAAUUAGUUUUCAAAAGAAAACCUGGUAGACCAAAGAAAAUAGGUCCUCAAGUAGUUAAGCAGGUUAAGAGACCCAUUGGACGGCCUCCUAAACCAAAAGUAGACAUGAGUGGAAGCACAAAACCUAGACCAGAACUUAGCUGUGGUGGUAAAAGUGUCAAGUCUGAUGCAGCAGCAAUGGAAGAAGUUAACAGCAAUAAAAAUAUUACUGUGACAGUUGUUUUUGGAAGGUCAAGAAGAACUAAGAGACAUGUUUCUGAAGGAAAUCUAAAUCUCAUCAGCAUUCUGCCCACACAACGUAUUGAUUCUAAUUUUGCCAAUGAUCCCAGCAAAGCAAGACACAAUGCAGAAACUGGAAAUGCUUUGACUGAAACAGUAAAAGCCUUCCAGAAUCCUUCUACUGAAAAGGAGGUCUUUGGUUAUGACUAUGUCAGGCCUAUCAAGAGUAAUCUGGCAUCACCACAUCCUUGCAGCAAUGUUAUACGGCAGAUUAAGAAACCAUUAACCACUGUUCGAAAGCCUGGCAGGCCAGCAAAAGUAAAAAUUUCCGGCAUAUCAGUGACUGUCAGUAGACUUUCACCUCAGGAAAGAAAAGUGAGCAUCAGCAAUGGUUUGCCUCCUUUACAACAGCAGAAUGUGUUAGAAAAAAACAUACCACAGGAAAGAAAAAAUCAACUGUGCAAUAAUAUGGGUCAAGUGAAGAACAUGCAGAAAGAUUCUAGAGAGGAUGGAUCACACAAUGUUAGCACAGCAGUGUCAAGAAAACGUGAAAUUCCAUCGAGACACUCUGCUAGAGACAGAAAACCUUCACUGCAUUUUUUGCAUUCAUUAGCAUCUUCUAGUACAUUUACUUGUAGAAGUGCCUUACUACAUAAAUCUUACAAACUCCAUUUGAAAAAAGCUAAAGAGAGAAAGGAAAAACUUACACAAUCAAAUCAGUGCAUAGCAUCCAGAGAUACCUCAGAACAGAGAAAUCCAGUAAAUGCUAAAAAGGAUCUUAAGGAUGGUGGAUUCGGGCCCAUUAAUGAGGUAUCAUCAGAUCCCAUUUUUUCGUCAAAUCCCUCUCUCAGGUGGUGGCCUACUUCCACUUCAAGUGACACUUUGUUGGAAGAACUAAACAACAGAUUUGAACAGAUGACUAAUACCUGGUUGAGAGUGGGGGGAAAUGAGUUUGACAAAUGUCAGUGUGAAAAAAGGGAUCCCAUUGGACGAGACUGUAAUACUGAAAUGCCAGACCCUUUAGACUCCUGCCUUGUAGAACUUGAAACAUCGCCUAUAAAAAUGCUUUUCCAGAAAAAGUGUAAUAUGAAUGAACUCUGCGCCUGGUUUAUGCAAACUACAGAAACACAGUCUCUCUCUCUUGUGAGAAAGGCAAAUGCUCGCAAUCCCUUAGAAGUAGUUAGUACUAAAGAGAUAAAGAUGGAAACUAAGCAAUCUGAUCCUAGCACUUGCCCUUUCAGAAAGCACUUUAAAAAGUUUGCACUAUCCUCCCCUUCAAAACCAGCAGGGAAAUUGCAAAUACUACAUAACAUGGUGAGGUCUCCAGUCUUAAGCAUGAAAAGUAAUUUCACUUUAGCCAGAUUAAAAAGAAAUGAAUUUAAGAAGUUGCAGCGUGAUAGGUGGGGACAAACAAAAAAGCUCUAUAAUCAGGCUCCUGGAGGCUGGAAAUCAAAAAAGAAAAAUCUACAGUUAUUUUGCCAAAGCCAAUUGUUUAAAAGUACAAGUGGGGAGACAAAUGAUGAAACACCCAAGCUGCAGGACAAAAAUACGGUAGAAAUCCAGCCCACUCAGACUUUGGUAGAGUCUCAGAAUAGCCUCUUGCCAACUGAAAAUGAAACCAGAGAUGCAUUUGUUCAACAGAUUAUGGGAUCGUCUGACUUUAACCCACAUCCUGGUUUAGCAAAUAUACUUAAGUCACAUUCAGAGGCGAAUGGAACAAUUCGUUGCCAGCAAAAUGUUAGAAAAGAACAAAGCCAAGAUAAACUGUUUCAAAAUACUUGGAAAGCCAAAACCUUUAAAGACUGUAGGAUAUUUCUGAAAAAAAUCAACCAUAUUGAGCAGCACAAUUCAUUUAAGUUAAAUAAUGUCAUUUAUUCUCCUGAAGCUGUCGACAGUAAAAGCACUCAGGCCUAUAUGGAAGAAAAAAGACAUCCUCUUUUAAGGUCCCAUUCUACUAAACAAAAUACAUUAAAGAAACAAGAAAAUGAAGUGGAAACAUCUAAAGGAUCUAAUUCUUCUAAAGUGAUUGAAAAGCUGGAUGGCCAGUUUCACAGCAGAAAAUUAAGUAGUGGUGUAAACCAGGACGAUAAUCCUGCUGGUAGUUCUGAAGGUCUUACUAGAAUAAACAAAAGGAAAAGUCCACAAUGGGAGACCACUGAUACAAAUUUAAAAAAAAGGCAUAAGAGACAAUCAUGCAGUAGUGGACAAAUGGCACCUUAUUACCCAAAGUACCAAGUAGGUGGAGACCGACUACCUCGAAGCAAAGCAGUACAAAGGUAAAUUACCUGAGAUCUCCUUCACCAAUGGAUUGAAAUGUGUGGAAGCACCACUUUGUUUCUGCAGUAUGCUUUCAUCUUCACUUACCUUGAGAACUUCUGUGUGAUGGUGUUUAAUGACCCUAAUGUCUGAAAGAAAGACCAAGCCUGCUGGAGAAUCUCGUGAAAGAUUGUCAUUCAACAAAUCUGUAUCUGCACUUUUUGAGGUUUCUGCUAAAUGGUCUUUCUUCCCCAUUUGUUUUUAUGAAUUUAUGCCUGCCACCAAUUAAAAUGGAUGUAAAUGCUCUUCCUAUUUCAUUUUUUCCGUGUACUUUGGAAAUUCAAUGUAAAAUCAAAAUUUUAUCUCUACUCAAAGAAGUAGUAAAUGGUUGUAGCUGACUACAUUGUAGACAUUCCAUGCUUAAUGAUCUUAGCAAGGUUCAUGUACUUCGUUCAUCAAAACUUUAUUAUUAAUACAGCUAUAAAAAAAGUGUUAGAAUAAAACCAUAUAAUAUA